CUUCCGUACUACGCAGUAUGUAAGAACGGUACGCAUCCGUCGCUAUAGAGACGGUAGGCGGAGUCUGCAGGAUUUUGCGCACUAGUUAGUAGGUUAGUGCUCGUCCGUUGUUAUGUAGCUCGUUAGCGGUUAGCUGGGAGGUUUUUAUUCGAUAAAAUAGCGUAAAAUAAGCCGAUAAGGAAGAUGUUUAAAAGCUGGGGCACGUGGCUCGGGAUCGAGUCCACAUCCGAGCAGAAAACUGAACAAAUCCAGUCUGAGGAAACAUCCGGAAGUGACAAAGACGAGGAAAAUAGUGGAGUAAACAAACCCGACAACACCGAGAGAAAUGACGAGAACCAGGCGGUUCUGCAGCAAAACAAAGGCCUGAGCGGAUACAUCCUGAACUUUGCGAGCAGCGCGACGAAGAAGAUCACAGAGUCGGUGACCGAAACUGCGAGCACCAUCAAGAAGACGGUGGAGGAAGGAAACAUCGACAGCAUCAUCGACAAGACCAUUUUGGGAGACUUCCAGAAGGAACAGGAAAAGUUUGUUCAGGAGAAGAAUGCUAAGAAAACAGAUGCAGCGGUGCCUCCAUGGGUGGGUUACAGUGAGGAGGAGACCAUUCAGCAGCAGAUCUUGGCUUUAUCAGCUGACAAGAGGAACUUCCUUCGAGACCCUCCGGCUGGCGUGCAGUUCCACUUCGAUGUGGAGCAGAUGUAUCCCACCGCUCUGGUCAUGCUGCAGGAAGACGAGCUUCUCAACAGGAUGCGCUUUGACCUGGUUCCAAAACAUGUAAAAGAGGAGGUGUUCUGGAGGAACUAUUUCUACCGCGUGUCUCUCAUCAAGCAGUCGGCUCAGCUCACAGCGUUGGCGGCACAGCAGCAAGCCGCCGAAAGGAGAGAGGACGACAAGACAGGAGCCGAUCCACAGGACGACAGCUCAUCAGGUCCUGUCCACAUCUCACUGCAGCUGCGUUCACACAAAUCAUCCAGAAGACCAAAAACACCUCCUACAACCAUCAACGCCAAGCCGAAGUCCAGCGAGAAUCAUGAAGAAGAGGAGAUCUCGACCAGCCCGGGAGUAUCCGAGUUCGUAAGUGAUGCGUUCGACUCGUGUAACAUCAAUCAGGAGGAUUUGAGGAAGGAGAUGGAACAGUUGGUGCUGGAUAAGAAAAACGAGGACGAAGAUGCAUCUGAGUGGGAGCGAGAGCUACAGCGGGAGCUGCAGGAGUAUGAGGUGGUAGCCGAAGCGGACAACCGCGACGAAAACUGGGACCGCGAGAUCGAAGAGAUGUUGCAGUCUGACUAGCUGAUCUCCCCCCAACCCCCACAAGCCCUCGCUUUCAGUGUGCACUUAUUGCUACACCGAAUAGAAAGGGAGAGUGGAAAUGAAUGAAUGGACCAAACAAGCCACUAUGAUGACUUGGGGCUUCAGCAUCACACUCUGUGCUACAUAUAUGACAUUUUCUCUCUAUUCAAAUGAAGUAGGCGGAGAUUCGCGUUAAAAACGCAUUUCAGCCAGAAGCGUAGAUGCAUUCGGUGGAUGUAAUAGUGGACUUGCAGCGAUAAUGCACAGUAAACUUCUCCCUAAUAGACGCCUCUAAUAAUUACACCUAUCUUUUUUUUAUAUAUAUAUAAGAUGUAUCUGUGUGUAAUCUCUUCUUUAUUGCCUAGAUCUGUAAUAAUAAGUGUGUUGGGUUGUUUUUAAGACAAAGCGUGUCCCUGAUAAAACGGACAGAUCCUGUAGAAGAUGAACACAGAAGAACGGUGUGCUCACGUUUUCUGAAAAAAGCUGAAUUUGUUAAAAGAAAUGUAAUUUCUCAGUACAUCAUUCAUCUCUUAGCUGCUCAGUAAUCAUAUUCUGUCUUUAUUAAAUAUUAUCUUGUCUCUAAA